AUGAAAACAGAAAUCACCACCGCGGAUUCCCUUCGUGAUCCUCACCCAAAUGGUCUAAAAGCCGACUCUGAGCUGGUUAUCAGAGAGGAUAUAGACCAGUUUUUGCCUUCGGAGGUAUCUUCGAUGGGGUCAGAUCAUCAAAACGACGGCGAGGAUUCAGACACGGACAGCGACAACUUUUUGCAAGAUCCCGAGGAGGAUGCGGAUGAAGAUACGACUGGCAGGGAUAAUGCUACCACCACGUCCACCGAGUCGAGAGGCCGUCCAUCUUCCUGUAUUUUCGUGGCAAGUUUGGCGGCUGCCCUGUCCGAUGACGAAUUGUGCCUAUCAGUGACGGAUAAUUUCAAGAGGUACGGUGAUUUGGCUAGAGUUAAGGUACUGCGCGAUAACGCGAAUAGGCCUUAUGCCUUCGUUCAAUACAACAACGACCACGAUGCUAAACACGCUUUGAUUCGCGCUCAGGGUACUUUACUGAACGGCAGAAGAUUGCGUUGUGAACCUGCAAAAGUGAACAGGACUUUGUACUUGAAAAACCAGCAAAGUAUUGAUUUUAACGAAAUCACUCAAAUUUGCGAGAAAUUCGGCGGCUUGGAGCAGAUCGUCCCCGAUAGAACUGAUAAUCAGUAUACAAGAAGAUACACUUACCCCAUAUCCUCGGCAAAUUCUUGGUUUGUUCAAUUCAUCUACAGAGACGAUGCGAUCAGGGCUUAUGCGAACCUACGGACUGAUCCUAAUUGGAUAAUCGAGUGGGCUCAAAAUAUCAACGUCCCAAAGAAUUAUAACCUGCUGCACAAGGACAAGGGCAAGUUCAAGAAUUCUAGAUAUCACCAAAACUACAAUAACAGCAGCAAUGGAGAGGACUCGAAGAGGAAUGGUGCCAUUAUAGAAGAAGAGCGCGAACAUGAAAGUGUGAGUGAUCUGGAUGAAAAAUUAGGAAGUGAAGGUAUUAAUGACGACGAGGACAAAGACUCUGAGAUCACCAUUGAUAAAAAAUCCAUAUUCGUGGGCCAGUUGGAUAAGGAGACCACUAGAGAGGAAUUGGAUAGGAGGUUUUCCACCCAUGGGAAGAUCCAGGAUAUCAACUUAAUUUUUAAGCCAACAAACAUAUUUGCCUUUAUCAAAUAUGAAACGGAAGAGGCCGCUGCUGCUGCUCUGGAAAGUGAGAACCAUGCAAUUUUCUUGAAUAAAACGAUGCACGUCCAAUAUAAAGAGGUUGGCGGCCGUCACAACAGGAAGUUUUUCAAUAAGAGUGGUAGUGGCACUUUCAACCACCAUCAAUUUUUCAGCACCAGGUCCGGUAAAUCAUUCACCGGACCUGAACUGAACUUGGCACCGCCACCAAUCAAUAUGUACAGGAAAAUGAGUGGGGGAUCUCAACAGGAAAGCGAAAACAUUAUGCCCUAUAUGCCAAUGGGACCUAUGGCUAUGGGACCUCCUCCACCGAACGCCGCCAGUUUGAAUGAUUUUGAAAUGUUCCCGCAAAAUUAUUCCGCGUUUAUGAAGGGGAUGAUGCCACUAAGACGUAAAUCUAUGCCCAAUGCCUGGUCGUCGCCCUCUUCUAAGAGCGUAAACUCUGAAAAUGAAAGUAUUGAUGGUGGUGAUGAAAAUUCUGAAUUGCCAUCCGAAGUUCCUGAAUCAUCUGGUAGAUAUAACGCUGCUAAUUCCUUUACCACAUACAACAAUUCCUCAGCAGGUAGCUCUAACAACAAUAAUAACAGUGGUAGUAACAAGGCCCAAUACAAGAAACGUUAUGCAAGGAGGUCAAGCUAUGGAUACAGUGAGGUACCCCCAAAACCGUACUAUUUCCAACCUUAUUAUUAUCACCCGAUGCAAUAUCAUAUGGGCCCUAUGGCUCCAUUGCAUCCUUCUCAGAAUUCGGCCGGUAACCAUCAUCCAUACAUGAUGGUUUAUCCCAUGCCACCUCCCCCACCAUCUGGAUUAGAUGGAAAUAUGAUGCCCCCUCCAAUAAACAUGGGCCAACCUCAUGCUGCCAAUCACAGCAGUACUAAUAUUGAAGCAAGCGAAUUCGUGCCGAAGGAUGCUGACGACAUAAAUGAAGAUAGUAAAGCGGCCUAUAAUUUAGACUACUGA